AUGAGCCCAGGCGAGAUGACGGCCGAGGUCGGACAGGUCAUCACCUUUGCGUGGAGUGGCUAUCACAAUGUGGUUAUGUCACUCUCGAAGACAGACUUCGACAGCUGCGUGCUAGACGGGCAGCAGCUGGUGGCACCGUCAAGCGGAGGAAGGCUGUCCAUCACAAUGGAUCAACCAGGCACGUUUUACUACAUCUGCUCGGUGGGGUUCCACUGCAUGGCCGGUCAAAAGAUCGCGAUCACCGCAGACUUGAGGGGCCGCGACGGCGCGAUCUACUCCUUCUUCUCCGCGCCAGGCGUUGCGCUCAACGUCAAGACUGAGGACGCCACGUUCACGCCGCCUUGGUGGCCCAACACGACCAUUGAUGGAUCCUACAUCACCGAGGCGCACGUUAUCGCACGGGUCGGUGGGGCAAAGCGCAAGUGGGCCAAUGUCUCCUUCAUCGCCUCACGGCUCACCGAGUACAACACCGGCCUCGACUUUAUCACCGGCUCUUGCGGCGGCCAUGCCUUUUUCUUUGGCAUCGUGGGCCAGUCCUUCUCUGCAACAACGCCGCGCAACGGCAAGCGCGACGCCUACCCGCCUCUGGGCAGCCACGCCGGCCGCUUCAAGACGAGCGCCAUGGCCGAGGGCGCGAUCGAAGGCGCGCAGCUUGCGGCCAUGUACGAAGUGGCAUCGCCCUACGAGACCCACUUUGCGUUCUCGCGCUUCGAGGCCGAUGAGGCGGCAGACCCCAGCAAGGAGCUGGAGGGGGAAGCCGACGCCUCCGCCUUUGUUUAA